AACCACCAGAAAUAACAGAAAGAGAGCCGGGCACUCACGAGGGCGAAGUGGGGCACGAGUCGGAACAGAGAGGGAGAGGGAGAACCGGGCGGUCAGUCGUUGACAGGGGUCGCCGGAAAUGGUGAGAGCAAACAAGCAAGUCGCCGAAAACGGCACAGGUCGCCGGAAACGGUGAAAGCAGAGUAGAAGCAAGAGCAGCGAGACGAGAGCGACGACAGAGCAAGAGCGCGCGACAACAGAAAUGGCUGUGAACCAAGCAAAAUCCUGUUUACCAGCCACUGUGGAGAAUCAAUGCAUAGAUGUAGCAGAGCUGGUAAGCACAGAGAUUGUUAUCAUGCUCUACAGUGGAAGAUUUUUUCAUUGACCUGUCGUAACAUCUCAUUCUGGAAGAUGAACCAACAAAAUCAAGGAGCAGGCUCUUCAAAUCCAUCAAGUGUUCCAGCAAAACGGAAACGUGGGCGGCCCCGCAAAGAAGGAAGCAUAGUUCAGGUAGACAGCACGCCUGUAAGACAUGGCUCUGACAAUUUUAUCAACCCCAACCAAACAGCAGGCACAACUGGCAGUUCUGAUGCCCAAAUGAUAGGGAAGGUGGUUACUGGUGUCAUCGAGGGUAGUUUUAGUGCUGGGUAUCUCCUUAAUGUUCGGAUAGGAGACUCUCCAACCUAUUUGCGAGGUGUCAUAUUUCAACCAGGGCAAUAUGUUCCUGUCACUCCUGAAAAUGAUGUGGCUCCUCAUCUUGAAAUGAUUCAAAGGAAGGAUUUUCCAAUUCCAGUUCUUAAUCCACAGGCUCAGACGCAAAGUUCUAUUCCCUCAUCAGGACAAGGUAGCAAACAACCUGUUGAGCCAAAACCACCUCUGGUGUCUCUCUCUAAAGACCAAGUUCUUCCUACCGAGACACAUCCUGGAGCCUCAGUUUCUCCUGGGAAUCAAUCUGCAUCUGUUCUAGUACCUAUGACUAACAUUCCAACAAGUGACUCAUCCAUUCCUGCUGGAGGAAUACCAGAGACUUUAUCAGAUCUUGGGCAUGGGAGUCAAUCUGCAUCUAUCAUGAGGAUGGAGUGUGACAAAAUUUUUGAACAGGAUAUAAACAAACUUGAUACAUCCAGACAGGUUAAAGAACCCGGUGCACUUGGGGUAACAGAAAAGGAUCCAAAGCCAACAGCUGAAGACACAAACUCGGUUCCAAUGACUGAAAGCAUUGACAAGGAGCUUCAAACUGGACAGAACACCGGAAACUCUCUCCAGCUGAAUGUACAGAUGCGGGAUGAACCAAUGAUUUCAAAUGUUGAACUCAACCAAAUGCCUGCACAUGCUGGACAUGAGCCCAUACAAUGUGAACAGAUUCCGGAUGAACCCAAGAACUCAAAUAUUGAAGUCAGCCAAAUGCCAGUAUCUGCUGGACCUGAGCCCAUGCAAAGUGAACAGAUUCAGGAUGAACCGAUAAACUCAAAUAUUGAAUUCAAACAACUUCCUGUAGCUGCUGAACCUGAAGCAAUGCAAGUUGAACAGAUUCAUGAGGAACCAAGGAACUCAAAUAUGGAACUCAACGAAAUGCCUGUAUCUACUGAAACUGAAUCUAUCCAGACUGAACAGAUUCAUGAACUAAACAACCCGAGUAUCCAACUAAACCGAAUGCCUGUAUCUGCUGAUCCUGAAAAUGUUCAGUCUGUUGACAAGCUUGAGGACAAACCUGACUCUCCAAAGCCUGCACUUGAGACCAGCCACCCUUCUACAGUAUUCGGAGGAGAUGCUGUCCCUUCUGAGUCCAGGUUUGCCUCUGAAGGAUCCAAUUUUCCAGAGACGAGUGAUCCCCGGAACCCUGGUCCUGCAGCUGAGAUUACUAAGGAAGACGACAUUCAACCUUCAGGUGAGAAUACUAAGGAAGACGACAUUCAAACUACUGAGUCAGUGGAACCUGAAAACCCCAUUGGCCCAGACAAUCUCUGAAAACUGUUGCUAAAAAGAUCAAAGACAGUUGGCAUUGGAAGAAAAAAUGUUUGAGCUCGGAAUAAAUCACUGAUGCUAGUCUUGUAUUCUGACAGUGUUAGUGGAAUGGAGUAGGCAGGUAGCUUUCGUUUAAAAGUUAGUGUCAAUUCUUUUGUUCCGUUGGCUUAUAAUUUGGUUUACUUUAGUUUUGACUUCAGUAUUGGUAUAUUUGUGUUUUUUUCCUUCCCCGUUGAAGUUUGAUAUUUCUCGUUGUUUUUCUUUUUAGAGGAGAACGUACAAUGUUUUGGAUCAAUGGCUAAUCUAUAGAUAUGAUGGGAGUGACGACAGCUGAGAUAUGCAUUGCUCCAGAAGUUGGAUGAUA